AUGCUCCGAUCAAAGCUAAGAAGCAUCGUCCCUCAUGCUCAGUUCCCUCUGGUAGCAAAUGGACCUAUGAUAGGCGCUGCCUGCCCGGCACUGGCGGCUGAGGUUAGCAAAGCUGGUGGUCUAGGAUUCAUUGCGUCUGUUGUCGACGUGUCAGCCGGCUCGGAGCAGCUUUCAAAGCUUGAAGAGGACAUCCAGGAGUGCCGCGAGCUUCUGAGGAACCAUAUCGACCUGAUCUCUCGGCUACCCAUCGGCAUUAGCUUCCUCUCCAGUCACAAGUCCAUUGGCUUGUUCAAGGAGACCGCAUUGCCCAUCGUCAAAGCCCAUAAGCCGCUGGCAGUAUGGCUCUUUGCGCCCCAAGAAUCGAUCAAGCCACACGCUGAGAUCAUUGCCGCGUUGAAGGGUCUCGAGACUCCGCCUGUAGUGUUCGUUCAAGUCGGCCAUCUCACUGCCGCCCGGGAGGCUGUCAGGGACGGUGCAGACGUCGUUGUGUGCCAAGGCAGCGACGCUGGCGGUCAUCAAUACGUGAGGGGCUCUGGCGUGUUUACUGUCGCGCACGAAUCUGUCUAUCCCGAGUUCCGCAAAGAAAUGGUACUCAAGACCACAGAUGGCGGCACACAAACCUUAAAGUCUUCAUUCAAUGACCGCAUCAACAACAAUCCUAUCUGGGCGCACAUCAGUCAUACCUAUGAUGGUCGUGCUAUCAUUGGACCUCUCCACGAGAGGUUCAUGAGCGGCUCCUCGCUUGAAGAAUGCCAGGAGGCGCUGCGCACAGAGUACACAGAGGAAGAGGCGAAGAAGAUCAUCAGCACAUGGGCUGGUACCGGUGUAGGACUAGUCGAAAAGACACAGCCAGCUGCCGAGAUUGUCCGUGAGGUACGAAAAGAGGCUGUUGAGACUUUGAAGCGAGCGACCGAGCUUAUUUGA